GACAGAGAAACCCCACUGCACAUUGCCAUUAGAACAAAGAACCUUGAGAUGACUAACCUACUCCUGGACCACGGCGCUUCUCCUGACUCCGUUGACAAGAACAAGUGCACUCCACUCCACAUUGCUGCUCGUGAAGGAGAUGAGGAGCUUGUCAGAACAUUAUUAGAACAUAAAGCAAACGUUAACAUUUUGUCUAAGAAAGGAUUUACUCCACUUCACGAGGCUGCCAGACAUGGUCAUGUGAACAUCGUUAAACUGCUCCUAAAAUACUAUGAGACUCCUGAUCCAGAGGGCAAACACGGACUGACGCCAUUGCACGUAGCUGUACACUAUGGUCACGAGGAUGUUGCCAUGGAGCUGAUGGACAGCAAUGCAUCGCCCUAUGCAAAAGCAAAGAAUGGCUUUACACCUUUGCAUAUCGCAUCUAAGAAAGACCAGAAAGACAUCGCCAAAUCUCUCUUGGAUCGUGGAGUUGAACCAGAUACUGUUACCCAGACUGGUAUUAGCCCACUUCAUUUGGCUGCAAAGGAAGGCAACGUAGAAAUGUGUCAGCUCCUCAUGGAAAAUGGUGCCUUACCUGGCAUCGAGACAAAUAAUGGUUUGACUCCUCUACACCUGACUGCUCGUGAAAAUAGAGUCGAGGUGGCCAAGCUCCUUCUGAAGUUUAAUGCACCAAUUAACGCCCAGACUGUGAGUGGUUUCACACCUCUGCACAUCGCCUGUGUCUAUGGUCAUUGGGAUAUUGUAGAACUUCUAUUGGAUAGCGGUGCAGAUAUCAACGCUGCAACCAAGAAUGGUUACCAGCCACUCCAUCUUGCCGCUCAGUAUGGACACAAGAUAAUCAUCGAGAUUCUGCUGCAACGUAACGCAUCCCCAGAUGCUCUGACUAAUGAGGGAUACUCUGCUCUUUACAUUGCCCAAACCGUCCAUAACAACACAACCAUAGUAGAUAUUCUGUCAAAAGUGACUCAGAUCACGCAAACCAUAAGAAUAAAGCGGAGGCCCGGUGAAGAGGGUGAUGAUGAGGAGCCUGAGAUUAUUUUCAGUGCAAAACCAGAGGAACUUGAAUUGGAGGAAGUAUUGGAAGACAUGGAGAAACAUGAGGCUGAAGAAGAAGCCCCUAAGGAAGAGGCUUAUGAUCACUUCAUGACGAUGGAGGAGAUGGUGGAAAUCACUGACGAUUCUGAGCUUAAGAUCCAACCUGGUACUGGCAAGAAGACUGAUUCUGGUAUAUUCUCAACACGCUAUUCUGGAUGCUUCCAAGAAGGCACUCCCCUGACAGGCUCGCAUGCCUCUGAUCUUGAUCACUCUAGAUAUUCUGACCUCAAUUUGUCAAGUGGCAUGCAGGAAACUGAGAUCAUCACCAGUGUAGAAGGGAAUCUCGUGCAAGCUGACCUCCCAUCCAGUCUAGCCGAUAUGCAGGAAGAUAACGUUCAGGUGUACGAGCCCCCAGUCACUGGAGGAUUCCUGGUCAGUUUUAAUGUGGAUGCACGMGGUGGAAAGAUGGAGAGUUCGCAGACUGGUAUCAAGGUGGUGCUACCGCCUCGCUCCUGCCAAAUGCCCAAUAGAAUCACAUGUCGUCUCUUGAGGUUGAACAAGCCUACACUGCUCCCUCCUAUUCGUGAAGGUGAAGGUUUGGCAUGUAGAGUACUYGAAAUUGGACCUACGGGUACUAAUUUCUUGCAGCCCAUCUACUUUGAAGUACCACACUUUGCCUCUUUGAGAGACAAUGAGAGAGAGCUUGUUGURAUGAAGACUGACGAUGGUGGAUGGAAUUGGGAUGAAGUCUGUAUUGAAGACAACAAAGAUAUGGAUGGAUAUGAUGAUAAGAAUCAGGAUUCCAUCUUCCCUAUCAAACGCUACACCAAGAUCACUACAAAGGACCUCCCAGAACGUUUUGCAGUUGUCUCGCGCCUGAAGAAAGAGACGUUCUCUGUUGGACAGCGAGGGGAGACAAUGAAGUCUGCUGUGAUGCCUCAAGUGAAAGUCAGCAUACCUGAGGGAGCCGUGUCUGCAGGAACAAAGAUUACUAUGCAGGUGCAACCUGUGGAUGAGAAUUUCAAUAACCUAGAGGAGUGGGUGACGGUCAGUCCAGUGGUAUCCCUGGAACCAAGCAAUAUAACCUUUAAUAAACCAGUGUCCGUAGCUAUCCCGUGUCCUGUCUACGCAGGCGCUGGAAAUGUUGAUAUCCAACCAUCUCUACGACUACUGUGCUGCUUCCCUAAAGAUAUCGAUGGCGAGCCGAAAACCCCGUCAUACCAGUGGCAAGAUAUCACYGAUAGUACGCCUCUAACAACUGCUGGGGACAGUGCUACUUUCACUAUCAAUAAACCAGCAAGAUACUGGCUCGUUGAAACAAGAAACCCUGACAAUGUCGUCACCGAUGCGCGCUUGAUUUACCGCAAGCUGGCCGCUGUCCCUUACCUUGCAAAGUUUGUCGUGUUCGCUAAGUUCUCUGCUGAUGGCAGGGAAGCGCGUCUACGCAUCUUCUGCGUCACUGAUGACAAGGUCGACAAAACUCUUGAAGGACAGACUGGAUUUGUUGAAGUUGCAAGAAGUCGUGAUGUUGAGGUCUAUGAAGGUCGCCCUAUCCACAUCCGUUGUCUUGGCAAUCUUGCUCCAGUAAACCGUGAGCCAAUGCACUUGAAUUUCUUCGCCUUCCGUGAGAAUCGUCUGUCCGUCGCCGUGAGUGCCGUGGACCCUGAACAACCUAUGAACUGCAGACUGGCAUUCCUUAAAGAACCCAAGAAGGACAGACAAGGAAAUAUACAAACUAUUUGCAACCUGAAUAUCAACCUGUCUGAAAAGGAUCUCAAGAAAGAUAGUGGAUUAAGAAGACUACCAGACUCUCUGCUCUCUCUAGUGGCCAYUGAAGUAGCAAAUGACUGGAAAGWUUUAGGGCGGGAACUAGGAUUCAACGAUGAUGAACUCGAUGACAUUGCAGACAGCAACUCCAAUGAACCUGACAAGUGUGCCGAAGAGGUUCUAAAAACAUGGCGUGACUCCAAAGAACCAGAACCCGAUAUGCCCAAGCUCGAAAACGCCCUCAAGAACAUCAAUCGCGACGACGUUGAUUUCAAGCAACUGGCGUACAGCAGUUACUCCAAGGGUCCAGUAACAAUCACCGAGACUACCAUCACACGGACAGUGCCAGAUGAAAGAAAUGGUGAUGUCCAGAACACCCACGAAAGGAUCUCCGAUUACUUGAACGAUGACGAUGAAGAAAUGUCUGAUGCUGCUCAUACUGAAGUACGUACGGUAACAGUGACAGAUGAUGAUGGGGGUGCCGUUACACGGACRACCACUACAACCGUAACACGAGAUGGCGAGACCGUAGAGACAACGACCGACACUCGAGAGGGGGAUGAAAAUGAYCCAGACAAAGAGAAACUCAUCAAAGAAAUGUUCGCUGGAGAAAAAGGAGUCAUGGAUUUCUUCAACGACGAUGACAAGAAACCAGAAACGGAUGAGACCGAGAUUUAACCGUACGUUUUUGCCUCUCGUCAGUUUUUAAUAGGAUAGAGUUCGCCAUGAAUGGCACAAGCCCGGUCAAUGUAUUUCUAAGUUAAUUAAGAAUCCAAGAGUGAAAGGCUAAGGUUUGAAUUAACUAAAUGAGCAGGGCAAAAAGGAACUUGAACUUCUAGUCGGUGUUAUGUCUUAAUAAUUUUAACAAUUCUAUUUAAAGUAAAUUUUGAAAACGUGUGCUCCAGGAGUUAAUAUAAGCAAUGAUAAAUAAGGCAGGAAUUCAUUUUUCUUUUAAUCUUUUUUUCAACUAUUAGGCGUAGCCUUUCGUUUCUAGCGUUUGCAUUUUGAUUGGUUAGUAGUGCAGUGCUUCUUAUGACGCUUGUUGAAAUUGUCAAAAACCUAAGACAAAUAUAUUGAAUCACUUGGUAUCGAUAGGACACACUGUCAAUUGAAUACUGUCUGGAAGUUAGUUUGCUCCGUAUUUGAAGCUGUUAUCUGAAAUGCUGAUAAAUGCCAGGCACAGGGACGGUCCAAUAAUUUUGAAACGAGUUUCAAAAUGGGCAAUUUAUGUUCCAAGUAGCAUCCUUUAGGAAAAAUCCCUCACCGGAAGGCGGAAGGCUUGUCGAGCACCCGUCUUCCCGGAAUUCGCCCCUGAAGUUGAGCAGUUGAACCAAUCAAAAUGCUGAAUUCCUUAUAACUAAUAAUGCUCUGUAAGAGUAAUGUACUAGUUAUCUCAAUAUAGAUACCCAUGUGAUGAUGCUUUAAACAUUUUUCAUAUCCAAUAUAGUUCGAAUGCAAGAACUUUUGGCAUAGUAAAUGAUAAAUCCUAAUAAAGGUCGAAUUCUAAGUUAAAAACUCAUACUUCUGCAUUUGUGACUAGGAAUGCUUUUUGAACCCUUUGGUACUCCAGUUUUCCUACAUUCUUUUUUUACUAACUUAAGGCCGGAGUGCUUAACUAAUUACUAGUGUACUAGAGUGCAUACCAUAUAUCCAUGAAAAAGUAACUAACAACAUUGUACAGAUAAGUGCAAAGUUUUGUAGGUAUGUCCUACUGAGGUUUACUGAUCUUACUACAUUUUUGGCAAAUUUGUGCAAUUUCUUACAAAAUUUUUCACGGAUGUAUAAUAGUAUCAGCACUCUAUUAGGAAUGUCAAUCAAAUUGAACUUAAAAGAACCAGUGGAGUUGAUCUUUAUUAGUUUAAACGUAAUAAAAGAAACCCUAGUGGAUGUGAAAGCAAAUUGCGUAGUGCCUAGGAAAUAGAAUGUACCUUUUAAAGUAAGGUGAUGAUUGUAAAACUAAACUGUACUACAAGUAAACUGGCAUUUAUCAUUG